AUGACUACCGCUACUGCUCCUCGUUCGGUCCUCUUUCCGUCACUCCUCUGUUUACUCUCAGUGUUUCUGCCUUUUAUAUUCGCCACUGAAGUCAUCGAUCACAAAGGUCAGUCAGACGUUCGUAGAGAACGUCGCUCUAGCAGUGCUAUUUGGGGAUCUCACGGACUGUGGCACGACAUUGGGCUGCCAGCGUUUUGGGAAAAUGGUGACAAAGAGGAUUAUGGUUUAGUCAUUAGAGGAUGGAAGUUGGCGAAAUGUGCGUCAUCUCGAUGGACUGACUACGUAGUGGACGUCAAAGAUCUAGUCAUAUGGCCAAAGUAUCCCCGGUUCCCUGGUCCACUGUUUUUCAAUAGCACCAUUGUGGUGAGGAAAGACUUGAGCAGAGUCAAGAUAGAGCUGGAGGUGGAGAUGAAGCAUCUGGCUCGUAGUGCUGCUGGCAAAGAGUUUCAUGAGCCGAUCCCGUGCCACGGCUGGGAUCCAGUAAGUGGAUGUGGAGGUUUCGGAUCUUGUCGCUAUUGCUCUAUCAUGCAUAAAUGCAGAGAAACGAUCCUGAAGGCAGUGAAGUACGUUUCGGAUCAGAAAGUGCAGCAGGCAAUGAAGAAGCCAGAACAAUUCUGCCCGCCGCCACAGGGAGAAUGGGUCGUGACGUUCAGCAAAAUCUUGAAAUUGGACGAUUUACCCAGAGGAUUUCUGAAACCACUACAGUCGAAUGGAUACUGGUUUACACUGAAAUUCACGGACGACCAGGGUCGCCAUUUAUCCUGCAGCCGAAUCUGGAUGGAUAUCUGCAAAUACCGCAUGAACGACAGAGAGCAACGAUGUCUCAGGGACAACAACUUCUACACCAGCCUCAUUUCGAACAUCGGCUAA